CUACUUCGUAGUAGUCCCCGAAGCCGCGAGUCGCGCAUACCUUUACCGCACGCCGAGAAAGGAUGGCGUCGUGGUCGUCGCCCUCAGCCGCCGCCAACGCCGCCUCGGGCGCCCGAUUCGGCCCCUUCCCGAGCGGAGGGCAGCGGCUCGCGCCGUGUCCGUCGCUCGUCCGCGGAACUCCCGCCCCGACGCUCGUCCUCAGGCCCCACCCGGACGGCCGUGGCCAUGGCCUCCUCGCGCACACCGCCUCCCCUCCCUCCUUGCGGUGCCGCGCCGUCGCCGCCGAGGUCGGGGGCCUCAACAUCGCCAACGACGUCACCCAGCUCAUCGGCAACACACCAAUGGUGUAUCUCAACAACGUCGUCAAGGGCUCUGUCGCCAAUGUCGCUGCUAAGCUCGAGAUUAUGGAGCCCUGCUGUAGCGUCAAGGACAGGAUAGGGUACAGUAUGAUAAAUGAUGCUGAACAGAAGGGCUUGAUUACUCCUGGAAAGAGUGUUUUGGUGGAAGCAACAAGUGGAAACACAGGCAUUGGUCUUGCUUUCAUUGCUGCUUCCAAAGGAUAUAAGCUGAUACUAACAAUGCCUUCAUCAAUGAGCAUGGAGAGAAGAGUCCUCCUUAGAGCUUUUGGUGCCGAACUUGUCCUUACUGAUGCUGCAAAAGGGAUGAAAGGGGCCUUAGAUAAGGCUACAGAGAUUUUAAACAAGACACCAAAUUCUUACAUGCUUCAACAGUUCGAUAACCCUGCCAACCCUCAGGUACAUUAUGAGACUACUGGUCCAGAGAUCUGGGAGGAUUCAAAGGGGAAGGUGGAUAUAUUCAUUGGUGGAAUUGGAACAGGGGGGACAAUAUCUGGUGCCGGCCGUUUUCUCAAGGAGAAAAAUCCUGGAAUUAAGGUUAUUGGUAUUGAGCCUUCUGAAAGUAACAUACUCUCCGGUGGAAAACCUGGUCCACAUAAGAUCCAGGGAAUCGGCGCAGGAUUUGUUCCAAGGAACUUGGAUAGCGAUAUUCUUGAUGAAGUAAUUGAGAUAUCAAGUGAUGAAGCUGUUGAGACAGCAAAACAGUUGGCUGUUCAGGAAGGAUUACUGGUUGGAAUCUCCUCUGGAGCAGCCGCCGCUGCUGCCAUAAAGGUUGCCAAAAGACCAGAGAAUGCUGGAAAGCUGAUAGUGGUUGUGUUUCCGAGCUUCGGCGAGAGGUACCUUUCAUCUGUCCUCUAUCAGUCCAUAAGAGAAGAAUGUGAGAACAUGCAACCUGAGCCAUGAGGGAGCCGUCACUUUAAGCGGGCAUAGUAAAUGUUUCUGAAAUAAGACGCGUAGCCAGCAUCAGUUUGCUCCACUUGGAAUCAUUUGGCCAUGCUCACUCUAUCCUUUCGCUAGCCUCUAUGACCGGACCUAAACUGGUGUGUGAGAAACAUCCACGACUGUCCUCCCAACUGCUUUCCUAAAGCCAAACGAUAACACUCUCAAUAAUUGUCUAUACGAUUGAAGCUGAUUUGAUUGGUAAUUGUAAACAGCUUGUCUUUGGAUCUUUGAAGUCAAACAAAGUCAGUUGGUUGAAUCAG